UGUGCCUCGGGCUGCUCUCUUGCCACCCCCGCCCCCGGCCCAGGGCCACCUGUGCCCCGCCCUGCCAGCCGCACCCCAGCUCGGGAACCACGGAGCCGGGUGUCCGAGUUGGGUGCGCCAAAAAGGAUCGCCUGGAUCUGGGAAUGUGGCCUCGCUGAGAGCCCUCCGCCGGUGGACAAGGGAGCGGGUCUGUGGCGCGAACUUGUGGGUAGGAAGUUGGUCUACACUUCGGCAACAUGACCAGCACAGCAAGCUCGCAAAACAAGGAAAUCGAUUGUCUGAGUCCAGAAGCUCAAAGACUGGCGGAGGCCAGGCUUGCAGCGAAGCGUGCAGCCCGUGCCGAGGCUCGAGAGAUCCGGAUGAAGGAGCUGGAACGGCAGCAGAAGGAGAUCUAUCAAGUCCAAAAGAAAUAUUAUGGGCUGGAUACAAAAUGGGGCGACAUCGAGCAGUGGAUGGAAGACAGCGAGCGCUACUCUCGUAGAUUCCGGAGAAACCCAUCGGCUUCUGAUGAAGACGAGCGCUUGUCUGUGGGUAGUCGCGGCAGCCUGAGGCCUGAGCUGGAGUAUGGGGCUCCCUACGCCUGGACUAACGGUUACGAUGGAGACUAUUGCGGAUCCCAGUCCCUAAGUAGAAGAUCUGGCAGGAAUUCCAGCUUCAGCAGCGGUGGCGAUGGCCGAGUCUCCACUUUGUCAUCCUCCAGGGAGGAGAAGUUGGCAUCCAUGUUGGAUGAGAGCAGCCUCUACGGGGCUCGGAGGGGAAGCACCUGUGGGUCCCGAGCUCCCUCAGAGUACAGCGGCCACCUCAACUCCAGCUCCAGAGCCUCCUCUAGGGCCAGCUCUGCGCGGGCCAGCCCUGUGGUAGAAGAAAGGCCAGACAAAGACUUCACUGAGAAGGGGUCCCGUAACAUGCCCAGCCUGUCUGCAGCCACCCUGGCUUCUCUGGGUGGGACUUCCUCCCGGAGAGGGAGUGGAGAUACCUCCAUCUCCAUGGACACCGAGGCAUCCAUUAGGGAAAUUAAGGAACUUAAUGAGUUAAAGGACCAGAUUCAGGAUGUAGAAGGCAAAUACAUGCAGGGAUUGAAAGAGAUGAAGGACUCGCUGGCCGAAGUUGAGGAGAAGUACAAGAAGGCUAUGGUGUCCAACGCCCAGCUGGACAACGAGAAGACCAACUUCAUGUACCAGGUGGACACACUGAAGGACACGCUGCUGGAGAUGGAGGAGCGGCUGGCCGAGUCUCAACGGCAAUACGAGGAGAAGAGCAAGGAGUUUGAGAGAGAGAAGCACGCUCACAGCAUCCUGCAGUUCCAGUUCGCUGAAGUGAAAGAGGCCCUGAGGCAAAGGGAAGAAAUGCUUGAGGAAAUCCGGCAGCUGCAGCAGAAACAGGCGGGUUUUAUCAGGGAGAUUUCUGAUCUUCAGGAAACGAUAGAGUGGAAAGACAGGAAGAUAGGGGCAUUAGAAAGACAGAAAGAGUUCUUUGAUUCCAUAAGGAGCGAACGAGAUGAACUUAGAGAAGAAACAGCCAAACUGAAAGAGGAGUUGAAGAAACAUGGAAUAAUCCUAAAUUCAGAAAUAGCCACCAACGGAGAGACUUCAGACACAGUAAACGACGUUGGGUAUCAAGGCCCUACCAAGAUAACAAACGAGGAGCUGACUGCCCUCAAGUCGGCCGGGGAGGGGACACUAGGAAAAGCCAAAGAAGUGGAGGUGCAAAAGGAAAUGGUGGAGAGUGUGGGGAAAAGAGAGCCCUUACAGAACACUGAGCAAGAACAGCCUAAAGCCAGCACAGUAAAGGAUUGUGUGGACAGAGGGGUGUCACAUCCUGGUGAGAACACUGAGGACCAGUCACCCACUGAAGACAGUGCCCUGUCCCCAGGACCACUAGCAGGGGCCAGGUGUGAAGAGCAGGUGCCGAACCAAGAUGAAGAGAAUACUGCUUUCCUCAAAAACCCAGAGCAGAUGGAGCCCCGUGAGGUCACAACCAAGCCAGAGGGUAGGACCAGAAACCCCCUUGAACAGGCCAACUGCCUGGGAGGUCUAGACAGUGAAGUCUCAGGGCCUGCCACCUUGGGUAUCAAAAGCCAAAGUGAAAACUCUAUAGGUAAUCAGGAUAAAGAAAAACAAGAGGAUUUGGAGACAGAUUUGGAAAAAGUUAGCUUCCAAUCAUGCCCAGACUACGUUUUAGGGCAGACACCAGCAGCUGAUGAGGUGAACUGUGCAGACUCAAGGGGCACAGGUGGAAACCACACGGAGAAUGUGUUACAGGCAGGAGGAAAUGCAGCCGGGGAGCAAGUGGGUCCAGUGGCCUCUGGUCCUUUGGAGCAGACCGAAGGCUCAGUGAGUCACAGUGGAAGAUGUGUGAAUGAUGGGGCAGGGCCGAGCUCAGAGGGGGAACUCGCCCGAGAAGUAGCUGAGCCUGAGAUUCAGAGCUCACAAGCAGGUGAGGAAAACACUGCUACAAAGGUUGGGGACAAUGAAGUAAAGGACAAGAAGCCCGUCCAGGCCACCCCUGAGAAUCCCAUAGUUCAGAGCAGCCAUCAGGACACAACAGGUUUAGGUAGUACAGAUGCCAAGCAUGCACCACGUCACGGGAAAGAUCCCAACAAAGGAAAGACCGAGCAGCAGGCAGAGGCGUUGGAUUCGCCACAGAAGAAGGCCAAGAACAAGAAGAAGAAAAACAAGAAGAAAAAAGCCCCAGCCCCUAUAGAAACCUGCAAAGAUGCCAACGAGGAGUUAAACUGUCAGAACACAGAAGCGGGUGGCAUGGAGGAAGAGGAACAUGUCCAGCUCACUGCUGAGAAACAGGCGGCAGAAAACCCAGAACAGGACAUCGGAGCAGGAAGCAGUGAACAUGUUGACUGCCCAGAAGAUCCUAAGACUCAUUUAAAUGGAAAACGGAAGCAAGAAGAGGAAGGUGGUGUGAAACCCCAGGCAGAGAAGGUGACAGCCGACAGAGACGUGGUGAUGUUUGAUGCUGAUACGGUUCAGUCGUUAGACACCAGAGCUGGUGAGGAGAUUGAAGAACGUGUUAUGGAGGCCCCCGCUGAUGGUCCCACAGAUGUCUUGGAUCAGAACAGUCUGCAGUGUGAAGACGGGGCCAUCUCCCCAAUGGGAAAGAAAGGUCUCCCAAUAUAUGCUAGUGAUGCCUCUCAGACAGGAAGUGAAGAGGAUCAUGUGCCCUCCCAACAUCCAGACCAGGUUGAGAGGGCUGUGGAUGACCACAGCCUAGACGACGGUGACCUGUCAGGGGAGCUCGGGGGCUUCAGUUCAGAAAGUGGGGAUCAGACAAGAAGGGAGGUUGGAGAUGGCAAAAAUAAGGAUUGCACCAUGUCGUGAGGAGGCAGAGGCAGGAGGCA